UCAAAGGCAGGCAGGACAGAAGCCGAAGCUGAUGCUGAGCCCUUCAGCACACACAGGGAGGGAGGGAGAGCCCUGGGGAAGUCUGGAAAUCGUUACCCAGCCCCUCACCCCUACCCUCUGCUGCCGAGGUGGGCUGUCCUGGCAGAGGGAGGCGGUGGCCAAGAGGGCCUGGACCCUAUAGGAAAGAGGGAUGUUUCUCAUGAAUGCCCUGAUGCUCUGAGUAGCUCUGCCCUCCUCUCCCUCUGUUCCUCUAUUUUUGGGUCUCUGACCACCCCCCGCCCCAGGUCUCUGUGCCCCUCUCUCUGCUGCUCCCUCUCUGGGUCUCUGGGUCUCAAACUCUCUGAACUCUGUACUUCUAUUGCUCUCCCCCGCACUUUCUGCCCUCCUCUCCCUCUGGGUCUCCGUCCCCCCCCCCAUUUCUCUGAGUUUUUGUGCCCCUUUUGGGGUCUCUGUACUCUCUCAAAAUCCUCCUCUCUCCUGCCUGGGUGUCUUUCUCACUCCAUCCAUCUGCACGCCUGCAGGCCCUUCAUUGGCUGGGUUUAGGGUGGGCGGGUUCUGUCACCCGGGGCAACAGCAACAACGAGCCGGCUCCUGCUAGGCUACGGGGCGGGGGUGGGACCAUGGCGGGUCGGACCCUAGCUCGGCGCUACGGUCCCCCACGGUCCCCCAUCUCUGGGACCAAGGUGCCUGGAUCCCAGCCCAGCUGGCAUCUCACCAGCAGUGGCGUCGCCCACCACUGUAUCCCGCCCGUGCCCUUUCCCCCGCCCACUGUGCAGUCCACGGUCGCGGAGCCCCUGCUCCUGGCCGCAAAGCAGGAUUUGCAUAUUUGGGCUUUCGACGAGGUCACCAACAGAUGGGAGACAACCUCGGGCUCGGCUCACGUGCCCAAGACCCACGGCGGGCCCUACGCGCAGCCCAAGGCCCCAGAACCUGCGGACCGCACGCGGAUUGUGGGGAUCAAGGAUGUAGCGGAAAAACUCAGACACCGCGGCUGGCGCCUCCCUCUGAUCACAAAGCACCAGUGCAGUGAGACGAGGGCGCAGUACACCGGCUGGCCCAGCCUGGACCGGGGCGCCACCUCCUUCAUCGGGCCCCAGCCCCUGGAGCUUGCGGACCACAACCGAGGGGGCCCUUCCCAGGCUCUAAUCCCCUGGACGAAGAACCCCGAGCUGGCCGGCCGGCCUUUCACUAUUUCUGACCAGGGCAUCCUGGACCGCCAUCAGCUCUAUCUGACCACUUCGGCCCGGGACUUCCAGGCCUAUUCGAAGAAGGAGUUGUCAGGCUACCCUCGCAAGGACUCGAUGACCUCCUGGAGCUUCGGGGAGACGCCCCAGGCCUGGGGCCCCGGCCCGAAACAGCCGCCCGGUCCGUGCUCCUCUCGGCCACUCCGGCCGCCGAAAAUCCGCGUGGCCCGCGCCCGUCCGGUGAUGCCAGUCGUGCCGCACCGCGGGGCGCUGUCUCUGGCUCAAGAAUCCUACAGCCCCCCGCUGCACCCACUCCGCCGGCUCGACCGUUUCUGCCCGCUGGAGCCGCCCUGGGGCGGCCCCCACUGGAAACCCGUCAGAGACAUCUACAGCGUGCCGAAAGCCUACAGCUCCGAGAACUUCAACUACGGCAGCUUAAAGCCGGCGCUGGCCUGAGUCAGACGGGCCAGCCCCGCCCUGGACACGCCCCCCAAGCGGGGGCGGGGCU